ACCACAAAGGUGUGUCAGGCAGUAAAUUAAUAAAAAACAUUAUAUUAUCUUCUUGGAUUUUGCAGUGUUUGUGGUGUUUGCCAGCUCUUUAAAAUAUGUAAUAUGUUAUUAUUUCACAUUCUAAGUAAAUUUUCAUAUCCAUACUGAAUUUUGUUAGUGAUUUUGUAUUCCUUUUCUUAAAGAACCCUCCCUUCCCUUACUCCCCUAUCAAAUUCUGUAAGCUAUAUCCACCCUGUUGAUAUCUCUUAAACCAAAACAGGGGUAGUUUUCAAGCUGUGUGAUCCCGGGCCAGUGGCUGUACCUCUCUGAGCCUAUUUCCUUAGUGACAGAAGGGAAUUAUAAUAGUUCCCACAGUGCAGAGUUUUUGCUAACUUUAAAUAAGCAAAGGCCUGCAAACUGCUAAGUGCAGGCUUGGAACACACCGACCGACGAUAAAUCUCAACAAGUCUUCAUGCUAAGAACAUUUCCGUAGCAUCUUAACCCGCGGCGCAGACCUCCCUCUGCGCAUGCGCGUCGGACACUUUCCCGCCCCGCCCAUGUGGGCGUGGCCUGCUCUGCCGCAGGGCGUUAUGGGCGGAGUCAAAGAGGUACUUCCGGGAUUUCCUCCUGUCCCAGGAACAACCUUCUUUCUAUGAUUGGCAGUAGUUUCCAGCCAAUAGUGAUUGGAGAGGAGACUGACGACCCGACCCAUUUCGGAACGUCUCUUCCGAGUUGACCAAUUGCAAGCUCUGGAGGGGCUGAACUGACGGGCGUCUGUUUUGACUAAUGAGAACUUGGCUGCGAGUAAGCCAGAACCAAUCUGCAGCGAGAAGGCCGGAUCCUGGGGCGGGGCGGGAGCUUCGGCAGUUGAACUGCUCGCGAGGAGGGGCGUCCCUGGAGAAGCGACACUGGCCAUGGACCAGCCAGCUGGCCUGCAGGUAGACUACGUCUUCCGGGGUGUGGAGCACGCCGUGCGGGUGACGGUGUCUGGGCAGGUGCUGGAGCUGGAGGUGGAGGACCGGAUGACGGCCGACCAGUGGCGGGGCGAGUUCGAUGCCGGCUUCAUCGAAGAUUUGACUCACAAGACAGGGAACUUCAAACAGUUCAGCAUCUUCUGUAACAUGCUGGAGUCGGCCCUCACCCAGAGCAGUGAGUCAGUCACCCUUGACCUGCUGACCUACACAGAUCUGGAGUCCCUGCGGAACCGAAAGAUGGGGGGCCGCCCAGGCCCCUUGGCCUCAAGGUCUGCCCAGCUCAACUCCAAGCGCUACCUGAUCCUCAUCUACUCUGUGGAGUUUGACAGGAUUCACUACCCGCUGCCCCUCCCGUACCAGGGCAAGCCAGACCCUGUGGUCCUGCAGGGCAUCAUUCGCUCACUAAAGGAGGAGCUGAGCCGCCUUCGAGGGCUGGAUGUCCAGGACACUCGGGACGGCCGGGAAACUGAGAUCUGGCACCUGCGGGAACAGGUGUCACGCUUGGCGUCUGAGAAACGCGACCUGGAGGCCCAGCUGGGCAGGUCGCGCGAAGAGGCGCUGGCCGGGCGGGCGGCGCGCCAGGAGGUCGAGUCGCUACGCGGGCUUGUGCGCGGGCUGGAGCUGGAGUUGCGGCAGGAGCGCGGCCUCGGGCACCGCGGGUCCGGCCGCCGAAGCCAGGAUUGCCGCCGCCUGGCCAAGGAGCUCGAAGAGGUGAAGGCGUCGGAGCGGAGCCUGCGUGCCCGGCUGAAGGCGUUGAACACCGAGCUGGCCCUGUACAAGAAGGGGAGACGGACCCCGCCGGUGGUGUCGUCCUCGGCGCGGGAAGAUAGGGCUUCCACGUCCCGGGAGCGCUCCACGUCGCGUGGCCGUGGUGCCGCCCGCUCUUCAUCCCGGGAGAGCGGCCGCGGGGGCCGGGGUCGAGGUCGCCCUGCCCGCCCCUCACCCUCGCCCACAGGUGGUCGCGUGCCCCGUUUCGACCCAACAGCCUUUGUGAAAGCCAAGGAGAAGAAGCAGAGAGAGAUCAAGAUGAAGCAGCAGCAGCGGAACCGAUUGGGCAGCGGAGGAAGUGGGGACGGCCCGUCCGUCUCCUGGUCUCGCCAGACUCGGCCGCCGGCAGCGGUGACCGGUCGAGGAGACGCGGCUAACCGCUCCCGAAACCGCAGCUCCUCGGUGGACAGUUUCCGUAGCCGCUACUCGUCCGCCAGCUCCUGCAGCGAGUUAGAGGAUUUCUCCGAGUCCCUCCCUCGAGGCGUUCACCGCCGCGGGAAGCCGCCCAGCCCCACCACGUGGAGUGGGUUCAAUACACAGCAGAAGUCCACCCCCCUUGAACGUGGUCGCCGUCAGAGACGCCUGGCCAGUUCGGGGAGCUGGGUUCCCAUCAAAGAGUACAGCUCAGACCACCAGGCGGCUGACAUGGCCGAAAUAGAUGCCCGCCUGAAAGCCUUGCAGGAAUACAUGAACCGACUGGACACGCGGUCGUGACCUCGGAUGUGGACUACUGCUCCUCCAACUCCACCCACCGCUGGAUUCGGUGUGGGGGUGGGGCUGGUGUGUCCUGGCCCCGCCCAGGCCCCCGCCCCUCCUGGUGCUCUUAGGGGUCUCAGGGUGUGAGGCCCCACCCCACCCCCUCCCGUGGGCAUGGCAUGCUGGGAGGGAGGGUAAGUGAGUUUUGUAAAUAAACAUAUUUGCCUUUGGGA